AUGCUCGCCAUCACGAGUCCGACGUACUCCGAUCCUUCUGGCUACGAACUCUCAGAGAUUCCAUUACCGAAGAUCACGGAGCCAGAUGAGGUUAUCAUACGAGUCCAUGCGGCGAGUAUCAAUCCUGUCGAUGUAAAGAUAGCUUCUGGGGCGUUUAAGCAAGCGGGUUUGCUGGAGGCAUUCCCCAUUAGACUCGGCUAUGACUGUGCGGGCGUUGUGACUGAAGUAGGCAAAGAUGUGAGAGAUCUGAAGGUUGGAGAUAAAGUCUGGUCACGAUUACCAGAGUCGACGAAAGGCUCCUGGUCCGAAUACGCCAAAGCCACUCCCUCGCAUAUCUCCCUCAUGCCCACCAACCUCUCCUUCGCCGAAGCCGCAUCCCUGCCCCUCGCAGCCAUCACCGCCGUGCAAGCACUACGGAAGUACGAGGGUGAUCUCGCGGGCAAGACGGUUUUCGUGCCGGCGGGCUUGGGCGGGACGGGGGCGUUUGCGUGUCAGUUGGCGAAGAAUGUUUUCAAGGCUGGGAAGGUUAUUACGACAGUUAGUACGGCGAAGGUGGGGAGGGUGGCGGAGUUGUUGGGGGAGGGGGUUGUUGAUCAGAUCAUCGACUAUACCAAAGAAGACCCCACGACCAUCAUCCCCCGCGGCUCCAUCGACUUCCUCCUCGACACCAUGGGUCAGGCACUUUCAUACCUCUCCCUCAUGACCCCCCACACCUCCACCAUAAUGUCCAUCUCGACAACCCCCUCCGGAACCCAACUCCAGUCCUCCUCCUUCUUCUCCCGACCCUCCAACCCCAAAAUCCCCUGGCUCGUCAAGACCUUCCUGGACGGCGCGGACUACGUGCGGAAGUUGCGGGCGCGGAGGUGGGGGGUCAGGUAUGAGUAUAUGUUUCUGGAGAGUGGGAGGGGGGAGUUGGAUGCGUUGAGGGGGUUUGUGGAGGAGGGGAGGUUGAGGGCUGUGGUGGGGAGUAGGGUGGCUUUGAGGGAUGCCGGGGCGGUGAGGGAGGCUUGUGGGCGGGUUUAUCAGGGGAAGGGUGGGGUGGGGAAGACGGUUUUUGAGGUUGUUGGGGAGGGGGAGGGGUGA